AUUUUUUAUAACAAGAUGGAAUAAUAAGAUAUAACAAUAUAUCUGAAAGAAACAGUGCAGUAAGACGGUAUUAUGAAAGUUAAAUAAUCAUCCAAUCAGAGAGCUCCGUACAAUUAUGUCCGAUACGCUGUUAUAGUCGAAGCGGGAUUGAUGACGAAUUGUUUUCAUACUUAUUUCCAGGAAAACAUUCACUUUUGACCCAGAGAGCAACUGUUUUUGACAAGAUGAAGCCCUGAAAAUGAAAUUAAAAUGAAUUCAUGUCUGUGAAUUACUUCAUUGGUUUAUAUUUCUAGUUCCAUGUGCCUGAAGCCAGUGCUAUGCCAUCAACCAGGAGUACAAGCUUAUCUGAUGAUGACAAGAAACCUAAUACGAGAUCAAAGGGAGGGGGCAAGUCCUCACCCUGGCAUGGAGGUAAAAACUCUCUACACCCAUCUACAAAAACUUCUGCAAAAGCUACUUCAAAAGACAACAGGAAUGAAUCUGCUAAAACUAUGUCAAAGGGUUUGACUUCAAAGAAAGUUCUCUCCUCUAAAACCAAUUGUGAAAGCAACAAUGAGAAGUCAAAAUGUAAAGUCAGUAUCACACCUGAAGCAAAAGAUGUAGAGUCUGAAGUGCCUGCUGAGGACCAGUCAUUACUUUUACCAAAUUCUGAAGUUCAUUCAGAUGAUAAACAACAAAACACAACGAUUGACCCUCCUCAAAAUAAAACAUUUCAAGAUUUUUCUGCUCAGUCUCAAAAAACAAUCACAAAAGACAAUAGUGACUCUUCAGACAUUCCUGUGUCUUUGUUGCUGGACUCCAAAAUGUCACCUUCCAAAGAAAUCAAUCAUAUUAAUGGAAGUGUUUUUCAAGAGAAGAGUACACAUUUAAUUAGCUUCUCUGAAAAGUGUAAUACAUCAGUGAUUCUUGCUACUAAAGAGACCACUUCACUACAGUCAUCUGAUAAAUUACUUGGGGAAGUUUCUAGAUCUUCCUCUUCACUUUGUACAUUAUCUAAUCAGAUGAAUGAGCAACUUGAACCUACUACAGACUGUAUUAGUGAGCAUCUUUCUGAUUCUGCUGGUGAAGUCCACAAUGAGGUAGCUAACUCAAACCAAACCAAACUUGAUGACAUCAGUAAUAGAAAGAAUAAUAAAGCGUGUGAUAAUAACCCUGCUACUGCUACUAAAUUGAGUAAGUCUACAAACAACAAUGAAUUAGCUCAAGAAUCCUCUGAAGGAAUUACAGUUCGAAAGAGUGGACGUAGGAGUAUUCCAAAUCGUAAAUAUUUGGACAUGGAAACAGAUUUCAGUUCAAGGAAAUCCAAAUCCACUACACCUACAGAAAAAAAGCCUCCAAAAUCUCCACAGACUACCAAAACAUCAAAAGCUGCUCAAAAUUCUGGUGCCUCACUCAUGAAAAGGAAAUUAGAUUUAACUCCUGAAAAGAUACCUGAUAAAAAAUACAAAUUACAAGCAGAAGAACCUGUUGACAAAUCACCUGUAAAACAACAUAAAACCCCCAAACCCCAACCUCCAAAUUCAUCAACAUUUUCUAAAAAGCCUGAACCCCAACAAAAUGUUAUUAGUUCUCUGGAUAACUCUGUAAAAACUCCCUCUUCAUCUGUUCCCACACUUGAUUCACCCACACAGAUCAGUUUAGAUAAUACUCCUGUCAUGUCUGUAUUAAAAGAUGCCAAUGAAAAGGUUUCAAAUGCUAUGGUUCAAAACAUAGUUCAGUCAUUCUCUCCUUGUCAGAUGGAGAAGGUAUCUGAUCUCAUAAUGACUACAUCUACCACUACUUCUGAGCAAUCUCUUCAAGAGGAGGUUCAGCCUACAAUUACAGCAGAAGCAGAAACUCCUUGUGCAACCAUUGGUACCAAUUCUUUAGAGAGUUUUAAUGUUACUACAGACAAUUCUGAUUCUAUUUUAAGCAAACAUAUUUCUGAAAAUAUUCAAAUCUUUCAAAAUAUUCAAAAAGAUCCAAAACUGAAGGAAGACCAAAUACAAAUAACACUUCCUUCUCAGGUGGAAGAGAGUAUUCCUGAAGAAAUGCAACAUGAAAAGUCUAUUUCUAAAUCAUUAGAUAAGUCUGAUAGCAAAGCAGAUCAUGUUAUUAUUGUCCACCAAGAGCAACAGCUCGAUCAAAGUUCUGAAUUCUUUAUAGGAGACAAGGAAUUGAUUCAGAAAGAUCUCUGUGAAAAUAAUGUAAAUAAUGAACUUAAUUCAGUUGACCAAUUUAGUUCAAUUCCAACAGUUGAUUUACAAAACUCCAUCCCAUCUUCUGUAGUAGAACCUUCUUACGAUGUUGAGGUGUCAUUACCUUCUGCAAAACCUAUCAUAACCUUUGCUGAACAGCUACCCCAUACCUCCCCAUACACAGUUUCACUUUUGAACAAUAGCAGUAAAGAUAAGGAAGCAGUUGAAUCUCUCAUGAACGAAACCAGCAUUUCUGAGAAAGUGUUAGAAACACCAAAUGUAAUGAUGUGUUUGUCAUCAGGUGGAGCAGAGCUUGUCUCUGGAAGCAUGGCUCUUGAUGUCGCGACACAUGACGAUGCUCAGAGGUUGGAGACAGAGGCAGCAAUUCAAGAAAUAACUGCUUCAUUUACGCAAACAUUUAAUGGUAAUGACAUUGUUGUUACAUCUGAAAAAGAUACCAUCCCAAAGUCCUCUCUGUCAUUGGCUGAAGCUGCCAAGAUGGUAGCUGAAUCUCAGACUAUUGUUGACUUGCAAGAGGAAGUUACAUUACCGAUAAGUUCUCUCUCACAUUGUACAGUACAGCAAAUCUCAGAAACUACCAGCUCUAUUGCUAGUAAUAAUUCAAAUGGAGUGCCACCCACUGCUGUUGCCUCUACUCAGACACCUUUACAGCUACCCAGGAAAGGAGUCAACUCAGCUAAAGUCGGUUCCAUUAUUAAGUCUUUACCUUUGAAUGCAUCAGGUCACUCCAAACUGAAUGAUAAAUUAGAUGUAGAAGAUGAGUGUAAUGAUGAUGAGGAGGAUGAAGAAGAAGAGGAAGAGGAGGAUGAAGAGGAAGAAGAAGAAGAAGAAGAAGGUAUUGAUGCAGCAGACGUUCCCAAUCAGAAAUUAACUCAGGAGUUCAUUAUAGUUCAUUUACCUGAAGGAACGCAAAUUAAGAGGCAACGUGUGGAUCAUAGAAGUAAAGAAGAGGGUCUAGUUGGUGUGAGAGUUGAUGUAAAUGGCUGUUAUAAAUGUACAGAAUGUGACUAUUGUACAGUAAAGAAGGUAAACUGGUAUAAACAUCGAAAGAAACAUUUAGGUCUGCGACCCCACAGCUGCAUCAAGUGUAACUACAAAGCAACAACUAGCAGUAACUUAAAACGCCACAUGGCAAUACAUGCAGACCUUCGAGAAUAUAAGUGCAACCAGUGUUCUCAUUACUUCAGACAGAAAAUCCACUUAGAGAGACAUAUGAAGUACAAACAUGAAGAGAAAAAAAUCCGUUGUCCUCUCUGCACCUAUGUAUGUGCAAAUGAAAACCCAGACCUGAAAAUUCAUAUUAAGCGACGCCAUGUGACAUCUGAGUCUACUGAUGGUGCAAUGCAAGCUUUCACUUGUGGUGAUUGUGGCCUAGUUACGAUGAGCAAGAAAGAUUUGAAGCAACAUGCCAAAUUCCAUCGCAAGGGACCUGAACUAAAAUUAUUCUGUGAGCAGUGUAGUUUUGUGACUGACUGUGAAAGUCGUUUAAGGCGACACGUCCUGACUCAUACAAAAGUGAAGCCAUUCAAAUGUGGCUUGUGUGAAUAUCGUGGAUCUCAGAAGGAACAUGUAUUAAGACAUAUGAAAUCACGGCAUAGUAUAGAUAUCCAGCGUAACCCCCGGCGACAGCGAGAUGAUGAAAACGGCCUGGAUAAUCUGGAACGAGACAAAGGUGAUUUUACAAGUCGUGAUAAAAUCUUUGCUUGCAAUCAUUGCACAAUGAAAUUUUCCAAGUUGAUCAAUCUCUAUAAACAUUUGCAUACACAACACAAAACUAUCAUGCCAUCAGGUGGGCAGAAUGAAUUUUAUUGUGUAGUUUGUGAUUUCAAAACCAUCAACAAGAAGAAUUUACUGGUGCAUAUGCGUAAACACAACAUGCAAGAGCAAAAUCCACCUUCUCAUGUAUAUUCAUGUGUUCUCUGUCGCUAUGUGAACCCAAAGCGACGGAACUUAUUCCAACACAUGAUGAAAAAGCAUGGUAUUGAGAUUGUGAUGAAUAUGAAAGAUGACUGGUCAUCGAGUUGUUUUAUUGACAAUAAUGUUCCCACAGUACAUGAUAAGGGAGAGACUAAUGAACCACAAGUAAUGACUGUAAAUAAUAAUGUUGUGACAACUACUAGUGAUGACUGCAACCAAUUGAUGGUUGUUACUGAUGAUGGUGGAAGUAAUCCUGUACAGACUGUCAUUACAAUUGAGGAUUUAGCUUCUUCAAUGACUAAACCAGUGAAAAUGGCACAGGUCACCUUACCACCUGAAACUGAAGAACUUUCCCACAAACAGCUCACUGAUGAUUUGACACAGCAACAACACGCAGCUGAUGCUGUGGAAGGUUUACAAGCUUUGGCAGAACAGCCAGGGAUUGUUGAACCUGAUUCUCACUCUCAGUCUGAUGAUAAUGAAGAUGAUGUUAUCCUUGAUGAUGAGGAUAUCAAAACAGAGUCAGUUGAGACUGAAGAUAUAUGUAAUCCAUCUCCAAUUGCAGCUGAUGCACCAGCAUUAGUUCUUAACCAGUUGCCAGAUGAUGGUGAGGUGAAAGAUAGUGUUGAGCUCACUUCUGACCAGAUUGUGCACUUGUCACCUGGUGACUAUGUUGAAAUUAAUGGAGAACUUUAUAAAGUGGAAAUUUCUACAGAGCCUGCUGAAGAAACAGUAACAACAACCGGUGAUAAUGGACUAGAAGCUGUUCCUGUAACAGCAGCUGUAUCUGAACUAUUUGGAGCUCUUCCUAAUUAUGAUACAACUGUAACUGUUCCUCCUGCAUCCUCUACCUCUACUUUUGUAGCGUGAGUGCAACUUUGCUGUAAACUAUUGUUAAUGCUGUACAGCUGUAAGGGCACAGUGCUGCAGGGACAUCGAACACAGUUUAGAGUGUAAUAUUUUGCCAGAAAGAGGUAAAGAACUGCAGAAUCUAUAAUGUAGAGUUGCAGAAGUCGAUAUGUGUAUGUGUGUGUGUGUGUGUGUGUUGAUCUGCAGGACUAGCAUUUGAGUGCUAAUGUGGAAGAGUGUAUACCACAUAGGUCACUCUAGUACUUGUGCAGUUGUAUAAACUUUGAAGUAAAGACUUCUUUAAAGUUAUAUUUGAGCUGUUUGUUGUAGAUCAACCAUUAAAGUUUUAACACAAUUAUUGAUCUUAUUGUCCAGGAUAGCUACUGCUGCUGCUACUUCUACAGCUACUACUUCUACGACUAAUCUUGAUUUUCUUUUUGAUCAUCAGCAGCUUUUGAUUAUGUCUUGUAAUUGGUUUAAAAUCAUUUGAAGUUAAGGAUUUGUAAUUACAUUUUAAUUUUGUUUCUUCUCUGUUCUGUGAUUAAUUUCAACAUUUCUGAUAAAACAACAAACAAAUAAAGAAACACCAACAGCAACAGCAACAAGCUCAAGAACAACCAAGAAAGCAGUUCCCCAGCAGCAUUCCUAAAUUUAAAUAAAAAUGUCCUGCCCUAAAGCCUUUUGGUUCAUGCAAAAGAGAAAUGAUUUUUCUAUCUUCUUUCCCCAAGAUAAACUGUUCCUGUUUAAGGAUAUCCUUUCAAGGGAUGAGUUUGAACUAAAGAAUUGUUGAAGAAUAUUUGUUGAUGUUUAGUUUUUCCUUUAACAUUCUUGAUAUUUCUUCUGCAGUCUCUAGUUCACACAUUUUCUCUUUCUUCUUGUGUGUGUGCAUAUGCGUGCGUGCGUGUGUUAAAUAGUAGAGAAAUGGAUAAUAUACUAAAGUUAUAAUGUUAAUAUCUUCAGUGACUCACAACAUCAAAAUUAAGCUGUCAUUGGAAAAAAGGAAAUAUUACAGAUUGUGUUACACAACAAAAAUGUGACAAAAAAAAAUUUAUUUUUAUUGUUAUACUAAUAAUUUUGAAAAUUAUUUCUCUAUUCUCAGGUUGAUAAAUAACUUGUGAGUGAAAUUUGGUAAAUGGAAACUAAGUGGAAUCCUGUUGUGUGUGUGUAUAUAUAUAUUGUAUUGUCAGAUAAAUUCAUUUGUUUUGUUUUUUCCAUUUA